AUGAAUUAUUUCUAUCCGGGUGCUCAUUUUGUAGAACCUGCUUGGGUUAACUCUACGACAUACCUUCCAUUUGACCCAUUUUACUAUAAACCAUCUGCAGGUUCUUUAGAACUUAUUUAUACACCUUCAAAUACUAUAACAGAACAAUUUAUGAAUGAUUCAGUCAAGAUGUUUCUAAAAAAUGCUCCUUAUAAGAGAGCAAUAAGAUUGAGAGGUAUGAAAACUGAAAAAGCAUUGGAGAGCUACUGUGUAUAUAAAAUACAGAAGACACGUGGCACUCGGCGUAUGAUUGGAACUGUUUUUAAUGAUUUUGGAGACAAAUUACCAGCAUCUUUGAAUUAUAAAAUUCGUUAUGGUGCUGGAAUGUAUGGACCCUCUGAUUAUAUUUCAUUGAAGUAUCAAAUAAAUGGACCACAUUCAGAUAAUGAUUAUUCUAAUUCUUUUUUUCUGGCUUGGCAAGCAUCCAUAGAGGAGACAUUUAUACUAAAGAAAGCAGAAGAGCAAGGAAAAACUGUUAAUUACAAAGUAUGGAUGCAAAAAUUUCCCUACCCAGUGCAUAGAGAUACUAGAUGGAAAUAUUCCAGAGUUAAUGUUAUUUCUUGGUUUUUGUGUUACGGAUAUUUGUUUUUCUUUCUUAAUAUUGUGAGUAGAGUGACUGAAGAAAAAUCUAAUCGUUCAAAGAGAAGUUAUUGGUAUAGUAAAGAACCUAAUACAGACAAAGAGAUGACAUUUGUGAAGAAUAAUAACAGUUCUGAAUUUUUUGAAGAGGAACCAAGUGGUAUGUCCCCAGGUGUAGUUAUAAAGAAUUUAUUUAAGAAGUUUCGAACAGGUUUUAGAACCAAAUUAGUUGUGAAUGAUUUGUCUUUGAAUAUCUACCAGGGGCAAAUUACUGCCCUUCUUGGGCAUAAUGGAGCUGGCAAAACAACCAUUAUAAAUAUUCUUACUGGCUUAUACCAACCAACAAGUGGAACUGCUUCAAUAAAUGGUUUCGAUAUAUUAACAGAAGCAACAAAAGCUCUCAGAAAUGUUGGUGUAUGCCUUCAACAUGAUGUUUUAUAUGACACUCUUACAGUUGAAGAACAUUUAAGAAUUUAUGCUGCAAUGAAAGGAGUACCAUGGACGAGUCUGGAUUCUGAAACAACUGAUGUUUUAAAUAUGUUAAAAUUGACUGAUGAAAGAACUCAAUUAGCAUGUGAUUUAUCUGGUGGAGUGAAAAGGAAAUUAAGCAUUGGGAUUGCUAUUGUUGGUGGUUCAAAGGUAUUACUUUUGGAUGAGCCAACUUCUGGAAUGGAUGUUGAAGCUAGACGAAAUGUAUGGGAUGCAUUAUUGAAAAUCAGACACAGCCGUACUAUAAUAUUGACUACCCAUUACAUGGAGGAAGCAGAUGUUUUAGGUGAUCGAAUAGCCAUUAUGGUAGAAGGGGAGAUACAAUGUUGUGGAUCACCCAUGUUUCUUAAACAAAAAUUUGGUACUGGAUAUAAUUUGCAUGUUGUGAAAGAUAUCAAUUUUGAUUUGAAUGCAUUGAUAUCUCUUAUUAAGAAAUAUAUCCCUAAAGUUACUCUUGGAAAUGAACUUGAAAAAGAUAUAUCAGUCAAUUUGUCAACGAAUACCAUUAGUAAAUUUGGAGACAUGUUUGAAGAGUUGGAAAACUGUAAAACUGAACUUGGGGUUAUUUCUUUUGGAGUAACUAUAACUACUAUGGAUGACGUUUUUUGGAAUGUUUCAAACAUUUCUGAGGUAAAGCAUAAACUUCAUUCUGAGAGUGAAAAAGGAAAUGAUACUUAUUUUGAAGAUGAAGAUGUCUUUGGUGACUCACCUGGUAUAAAACCGCAUCCUAAAGUGAUUAAUCAAUUCAUUGCUGUGUUAUUAAAACGUUUCCACUAUUCUAAACGACACUGGAGCAUUCUUAUUACCCAGUUAGCUAUCCCCCUUGUUCUCAUGUGCCUGUGUCUUUAUAUCAUUAAAUUUAAUAGUCAACAAUUCAAAUCUGAAACUGGUUCUCUGAAACUUGAUAUUUAUUCUGUAUAUGGUGCAACAGAUGGAUUUUAUUAUUUCAAAAACCCACAACUCUCUAGAUUAGCUAAGACAUUGAAGAAAGUAUAUGAAUCAAAUCAGAUCAAUGUAGAGAAAGUUUCUGAACCAACACAUUAUGUCUUGGAUUAUGGCAAAAAUGAUAUAUCUACGUAUUUAAAGAGUUUCCUUGUGGGAGGAGCAAUAGAUCAGUAUUCAUAUGAAACUCUGAAUUUAACUGCUUGGUUUAAUGGGGAACCUUAUCAUGCUUUGCCAAUGUCACUUCUUUUGAUGCAUACUGCAUUAUUAAGAAAUAUAACUAGCUCUGGGAGUAUAUCUUUAACCAAUGAUCCAUUUCCAGAGUUACGUAUAUUUGUAGUUGAAGAUGUGGGUGAAAUAUACAGAAUUUUGGCUAUUGUCUUUGUGCCACUAGCAUUUGGUUUUGUUUCUGCUAGUUACAUUUUGUUGCCUAUUUAUGAAAGAGAAACAAAGGCAAAAUUGUUACAGAUGAUGAGUGGAAUUCCAGCUGCAGUAUACUGGAUUGCUAUGUUUUACUGGGAUGUAAUGGUCCAUUUUGUGGUUUGCAUUGUAAUGAUAAUACCUUAUGCCAUUUUUGUCCACUAUGCUUUCUUCGGAAUACAUUCAGAAGCUAUUGAUACAUCAUUGCUAUUGAUGUUAUUGUAUGGUUGGUCUUCAAUACCUUUCAGCUAUUUAUUAUCGUUUUUCUUUAAAAAGGGAAGUACCGGAUUCUGUGCUGUUCUAGGAAUAUGUGCACUUGUUGGUGUUGGGUGUGCUUCACUUUUGAAAUCUAUACAGUUUUUUCUGAACAAAUACCACUUAAUAAUAAUAGAUGAAGCUGUUUGGGUUUUUCGAAUUUUUCCAACUUUCAGUCUUACUUCUGGAAUGUCAAGUCUGUAUGGUGCUGCAUUUUAUAAUGCAUUUUGUGAAAGUGUGCCGCCAUAUGAUCUGGAGUUCCAUUGCAAUUCACCUACGAUGUAUAGUUCAAAUCCUUUAUUUAAAUGUUGUAAAGAUAUUUGUGAAAAUAACUGUCAUCAGAACAAAGAUCUUAUACAGUGGGAUAAGAAUUCUACAGGCCCAGAUAUAUUGUUCCUUUUCAUUGAUGGUAUAAUUUAUUUUGGUCUUGUACUCUUUAUGGAAACCAAGGCCAUAGCUAAUCUUAAUCGAAUUGUAAAAUACUAUUUUCAGAAAAUACGUAAAUCUGUAGUAAAGGUAAUUAUUCGAGAAGAUAUUGUUGAAGACUCUAAUGUGCGAGAAGAAGAAGAGAGGAUUCGAAAUUUAUUAGAAACUCAUCCAGGUUCAGGUAGAGAGGCACUAGUAGUGUCUGAUUUGACCAAAGUGUUUCAGAAUUUUUAUGCUGUAAAUCACUUGACAUUCGGUAUUCAUCAAGAAGAAUGUUUUGGCCUUCUUGGUGUGAAUGGAGCAGGCAAAACAAUGACAUUUAGAAUGUUGACUGGUGAAUGUUAUCCCUCUGAAGGAAAUGCCUUAAUACAAAAUUGUUCUUUGAAUGAAAAUUUGAAAAAGUUUCAAUCUUAUCUUGGUUAUUGCCCACAAUAUGAUGCAUUGAUUGACCGCUUAACUGGUCGAGAAAUGUUGAUGCUUUUUGGUCGGUUGAGAGGUUUAACUGGAUCGGAUUUGUAUGAGAAAGUGGAAAAAUUGAUUAGAAUGACUGAUUUGACAAAACAUGCUGAUAAACAGACACAAUUUUACAGUGGAGGAAAUAAAAGAAAGCUGUCUGUUGCAAUCGCAUUCAUUGGCUCUCCACCUUUAGUUUUAUUGGAUGAACCUACUGCUGGUGUUGAUCCUGUAUCUCGCAGAAAGAUUUGGAACAUUAUUUCUCAAGCUCGAAAUGAUACUGGAGCUGCAAUUCUACUUACUUCUCACAGCAUGGAAGAAAGUGAAGCCUUGUGCAAUCGACUGGCUAUCAUGGUGAAUGGUUGUUUCCGAUGUCUUGGUUCCAUCCAACAACUUAAGACAAAAUAUGGUCAAGGCUAUAUAGUAAUAAUCAAGCUGAAAAGAGAAAAUCGAAAUGAUUAUAAAAUUAUUAAUGCCAUUAAAUGUCAUGUUCAGGGUAACUUAAAUAGGGCAUAUUUGAAAGAUGCUCAUCAGGGUACGCUUCAAUAUCAUGUUGGAGAUCCAUCUGUUACUUUGAGUCACCUCUUCAAAUUUAUGUCAAAUAUGAAGGCUGAAUUCGAAUUGGAAGACUACUUGAUAAGUAAUACUUCAUUGGAAAAUAUAUUCCUAACCUUUGCAAGGGCACAAAGAAUCUCUUAUGUUAAAAAACUUUAACAAAGUUAUUAUAGUUGUU